AUGGCGGCCGAGCCGGGGCCUGGCGCGCAGGCGCAGCAGGAGGAGGCAGGGCGGGCGGGGACUGUGAAGAUAUUUGCCCCCAAUAUUGAGCAAAGGGAUGUAGUUGAUCACCUAAAAGGAAGUCCAACAGAAGAGAAAAGAAACGUGUUAGUUGAAAGUGCCAGACUGGCAAGAGGAAACAUUCAGGAUUUGGCUGAACUGAAAGCUAGUGAAUUUGAUGCGGUCAUUUUCCCUGGUGGUUUUGGUGUAGCAAAGAACCUGUGUUCCUGGGCUGUAGAUGGCAAGAACUGCACUGUCCAUGAGCAUGUGAACUCCGCACUCCAGGCUUUCCACAGUGCUAAAAAGCCCAUUGGUUUGUGCUGUAUAUCACCAGUCCUGGCAGCUAAAGUCUUUCCUGGUUGUGAGGUUACAGUCGGCCAAGAUAAAAACAUAGAUGGAAGAUUUCCUGAUGCUGAAACGGCAUCUGCUAUUGCAGAGCUUGGAUGUAAGCACAUUUGCAAAAAUGUAAAUGAAUCCCAUGUGGAUAAAGCCAAUAAAAUAGUUACUACCUGUGCUUUCAUGUGCAAGGCUCCUCUGCAUGAAAUCUUUGAUGGAAUUGGGACAAUGGUACAAGAAGUCCUGAAACUUGCCUGACUGGAAGCAUACAGACUUCUGUAAGGAAAUCAGUUUAGCUAAGCAUAAGCAUUUAGCUUCCUUUGAUUGUAUUAAUAAAAUAAUGCAACUACUAAGCUUCA